GCGCUGCUCUAUGCUCGUGUGUUAGAAAAUCUUAUCAUUAUUCCACACAGCUGUUAUAUCAUUCUCGAUAUGUUUACAACGCAACGUUCAUUUUUUGUGUGACUUAUGUACGUAUUAUUUCGUGUUUUAAAGGUUUAAAUGCGCCUUUUUCUCGAAUAUUGUUAAUUUAAUUGUUCUACCACCUGUACCUGUGAUUGCGAUUAAAAUUAUUGUAUGAUUUGUAUAUAUUUUCAUACAUACCCGUAGAUAUAAUUUCUGGAGUAAAACGAAUUCGAGAUGACAACGAUCACGGAAAUCGUCUGCGAAAAAUGCCUACGUUCGUUGAUAUCUUCAGACCCAGCAAAUCAGACGCAAGGUAUCACAACGUUUGGGUUUCUAAUGACAAAAUGUAAGCAUUUCUACCAUCAAAGCUGCAUCAAAGAACUGUAUAAUACCUCGACGACGUCGUCGCCGAAUUCGCAAGAACUCCGUAGCUUCAUCUGUCAACGUCAGAAUUGUGCCAAACCGGUCAAGCAUGAUCAAAUUUUUCUCAUAGUUCCCAACUUACGAAACAGAACAAUCGAUUCUGCAGGCUCAUCAAGGCCCGAUGAGAAUUUAAAACGAGCUUUAAAAAUUGCUCAAGAUACGAUUAACGAAGUGAAAAAGAUGGCUCAACGAAGUGCGGAUGAGUUGACCAUUGCUCGAAAUCAAAAUCUCGAAUUAGAGAAAAAAUUGAAAGAGUUGAAUGCCCUAUACCGAAAAUCGAUUCUAGAUAAAAUAUGCAAAGUAGUACAUCAACGCUCAACUCAAACAGAUACGAAUACAGAAGUACUACUUGCAACUUCCGAAAUGCCUAAAGGCAAUACGAAACCAAAGAGCAUUCGCACCUUAGAUGUGGCCAAUGAUGAGUCAUCUGAACUUCAAGCUCAAAGUUGUGCCAAUGCUGCGGCUCUACUCGUAGCUUCUGAACCUGUAGCUAAACAACCGACGAAAACCACGACAAAACAGCAGCCGAUAACUGCAGUCAACCAGAUACCCAAAACUAUCACCAGCCAAACGCCAAAAUCAACGACAAAUCAGCUGACGAAUACUAACGCACUUUCUCAAACAACGACGUAUAUACCACUACAAGAAUUUGUGCCAAACUUCGAGCCUCUAAUUCUGAGUACUAUUGAUCAAACUUCAGUCUACCAGAUACCCGAACCUAUCGCCAGCCCAAUUCCAAAAUCAACAGCAAUAAAUCAGAAUACGAAUUAUAACGUUCCCUCACAAACAACAACGUACGGUUCAUCGUUGGGAAUUUCGAAAAUUCCAGCUAAUAAAGAAACAGAUGAGAAACGAGGAUCUAAGCGUAAAAAUCCGGCUUCCAUUGCUCGUUCUUAUUCUCCUCCAAAGAAACCUUUCGAACGCAGACCUACGGAGCAAACCAGAGAGCGUCACUUACAAUUCCAAAAUCGAUUUGAUAUCGAUUCCGAGAUACUCAAACCGUUCUACCCACUGGAUUGUUACCCCCUUGAGUACACCGCAGCUGGAGUUUACUACAGGAAUGAAGUUCCAAAAAUCGCCAUACUUGCCAAGGACGUACUCAUGAUCGGAGAUGGCCUUGUAUACGGUAUGGUACAGCUUAUCUCGAAAGCGAUACCUUUCCAAUUCGAUUUACACCCAACAUUAUACAGAAGAGAUUUGGGCAUCGCAGAUUUAGUUCGCACGUUGAACGGUUUUCCAAAGCUUCCUCCUAGAAUCAUGCUUUCCAUUGGAAAUUGGGAUGCUUUCAAUUCCACGAACAAGCAUACAUUUCAUAAUCGUUUUCAAAAACUACUUGGAAUUCUUCGAUCUCGUCGAGUCGACGAAUUAUAUUUGAUCCCUCCGAUAAGGUAUACUACUCCAGACUCGGCUACAUUUGCGUAUAUAGUUUCUUUAUUCGAAGUUGAUCGUGGAAAGAUUUUCGGCGGUCAAUAUAUGGUACAGCCCACUCCUGUUUUCCAAAAUCCCAUCGUGGAUGAAUUUGGACCGAAGUUCGAACUAGACCAAUUUGAAUCCUAUGUACGAGCUGUACGUGAGAGAUUCAUUACUCCAGCUGCUGAUAAUCACUCCGACGAUGAAGUGACGGACUCAGACUCAACAGAUGAUGAUCUAAGUGCUUAGUGUAAGCAUUUUUAUAGGUACUUGUGUAGAAGUUAAGUUGAUUUUAUCUACGAGUACACUGAGUCAUUCCAUGUCAACUCAACCAACGUUUUUGGGCCAUGUCCUUCGAUUUUGCUCAAAUUUUUUUUACAAUAUCUACCCAUCCAGAAAAGUAAGACAGCUGCAAUCAGUUUGGUCCCAGCCCCCUCAGGGGGCGAGUGGGGGGGGCUUCCAUUAUUUUCACAUUGUCUCGAGGUACUCAAAUUCAGCAGCCCAUUCCUCCGAAACUAUGAUACUUUGAUCAAAUCUGAUUUCACUGUUCGAAAGGGCAUUGAAUUUUGAACUUUUCAAGUGUUUAGAAAUUUUCAAAAGUUGAAAGUUGAACUUUCAAUUUGAAAGUUCAAAUUUCAAAAUGGCGCUGCGAGUGGGAGCUACCAUUUAGAAUUAUGAAAAAAUUUCCAUAGAUGUACAUUUUGAUACUUUUUCGAAAUAUUUAGGUUUCGAGAUAGCACUCGUUGACGGAGGGGGAGCACCCCCACCACCAAUUUUGGGUGAAACUUUCAAAAGAAAAUCUGGGGCAUGUGAUAUAUCGAAUUGUAUGUUUUCGGCGACGCUGAACAUGAAUAUGACGUCAGAUUUUUGAUAGGACCCAUCCACGGCCCCACAGUGGGCUGUGAGCACCCUCAAAACGGGCGUAAUUCAAAAACUUACAAUGAACCGUAAAAAAAUGGUACAAUGAUAUCCUCCCUUAUGUUUUUGGGGUCGCAGAAUACGAAUUUGACAAUAUUUUUUUGUAGGGGUGGG